CGACCAACCGACUUCGUGACCAGAAUCAGUGUUUCUUUUACAUUGCUUCAUCUAAGAACGUAUUCAUACUUUGUUUAUACUAACAUGAAGUUUUUAAUUACGAUUAGUGUAUUGGUUAUAAUUUACAACAGUGUUCUAGCUAAUAGUAUAUACGGACUAUCUGGAGCAGAAAUUGAAGGUAUUCGCAAUUGUUAUGGAGUAGCUUGUCCUGAAGGAACAGUUGUUUGCAGUAAACUUUCAAAGUCCACAGAAGAUAUGCAGUUUGUGGAUACGAUAAUCAAAUGUGAAGAUAAUAAAGAUAACGCUUUGAAUAUCAAUAACCAACGAACGGUUAAUCCUUUUCCGGGGACACAGUAUUCCAGUUUUUCUUACCAAGGAAAUUAUAGAAUUCGAUUGAAUGCAAGACCGCUGGAAAUGUCGGAACGAAGAAUACGAAAACCAAUUUAUGAUUCUAACAAAGAUCCUACUUACUAUAGCAAAAAUAACGAAGUGGAAGAGUUUUGAAAAUAUACUGCGUUUACACUAUUUUCCAAUAAUAAUAUAAACAUAUAUGUGCAUGUAUAACUUUUUUAAACUGUUAUUUGUAACGACAUAAUA